AUGGAUGCAAAGACACAAGAAAACAAAUGUCCUUUUGAGAGUAUGUCCAGUGGAAAAGACAACAAACACUUUGAGUAUUACAACACCACCACCGGGACAUUACAUGUUCACAUCAGGAACCUCUCUCAGGAAGAUUCUGGGAAGUAUCAAUGUGGAGCUGUCAAUGGCAAUGAGCAAAUCCUAGUCAGCCUGACAGUCAAAAAAGAUGAUUGCUGUGGUCAACCCAUCUUAAAGACUGCUCAAUUGAGAAGCAGUGUUGGUAUCAGCUGCAGGUAUCCAAUGGAGUCUGAAGACAACAGCAAGCACUUCUGCAGACUAGUGAAACAAGGUUUCAUGUGUGUAGACCUGAUAUCAUCCAAAACAGAUGAAACCAAUGGAAGGUUUUCUAUUGUCCAUCACAGAGGCCAGAACCUCUUCACCGUGACAAUCAGAGAUCUGACCAUGACUGACUCAGGUGUUUACUGGUGUGGGGUCAGGACAGGAGCUAUGAGUGGAAGUAUGGCUCUAAUCACAGAGGUCAAGCUAAGGGUCAAUCUGCAGGUCAAGCAUGGAAUUACACCGAUCACAGACCCAGAGCCACCAUCUUCAAACUCACCAUCAACUUCAGCAGCAACAUCAGGAUCAGGCAGUGGUCGCCUGUGA